CAGUUUGUCUGACAUGUAGAUAUGUGCGGAUAACAUUGCUUUAAUAUUAUUCUGUUAACUUUUAUUCUCAAAUCGUUAUUACUUAUAGAUUUUCAUAUUUAUUUUUUGUUGGAAGCAUACUUUAAAAUUUUAAUCUAUAUUUAUAUUUAAUAAGAAUCCGAAAGGAAAGGUUUUGUUACCUCAAUUAGAUCUCUAAUCCUGGCCUUACUACAUGGACAUUAGACAUCCAUAUUUAUGUCCGGUAUCUUUAUAGUAAUAUUCGUUUGUUAUGUUUCCAGGACAUGCUAAAUCAAUUUGAUGAGUAAUUAUGUUCUCUUAUGGAUUGCUUUGCAAAUGUGCCUGCUUAAUUGGCACUCCAAAAGUCAGAAAGAAGAUGCAGCUUUGGAUUAAAUAAUUUUGUACCAGUUUAUGCUAAAGAAUAGAAGGAGGUGUGGAGAACUGACAUUUUCUUUGACAAGUCAGUUGGUCCUUUGACACUUCCACUAAACAUUUUCAGGAUUAUUUCAAUCACGGAGCAUAUAUAAAACUAUAGUUUACUGUUAACUGUUCCUUGAAACGUAAAAAAAAUGCCUUUUCAAGGAUUACCUUGGACAGAGUUCAUUUCCUGCCCUGUUUGCUGUAAAGUGUUCAAUGAAUGUCAGCAAAGGCCCAUUUCUCUAGGCUGUGGUCAUACUGUAUGCAAGUCUUGCAUUCGUAGCAAACUAAAUGAUAACAGGUGCCCAUUUGACCAGAUAGUACUACCCAGUGAUGUGGAUAAGCUGCCAGCUAAUUUUGCUCUGAUGCAUUUGGUUGGUGCUGCUGUUCCUGAACAAGAGAAGGAAGCUGUAAAAACAGUUUCAGAUAAUCCCAAGUCAUAUGAACAAGCUAGAAAAUGUAUAGAAGAAAUGGCUGUGCAUCUAAAACCUUUGGCAGAGAAUGCAUCUGAUGAUGACAGUUCAAUCUGCAGCGAAACAGAUCAACAGAAGACUAGUCAAAGUCCUUCUGGCAUGAAUGGAAACAAUUUACUCAAUAAUAACACAAAGUGUGUUUUAAGUCGCCCAAUGCAACGCAAGCUUAUCAGUUUAAUUCACUGCCAGCUUCUUGAGGAGGAAGGUCGUUCACGAGCUGCUAGAAUAGCCCGAUCAUUAGGGGAGAGAAUCGUGUCUGAGCUUCUAGUGCUACACCAGUAUCCACACCAGCUUUCUGCAAAUCUUUGGGCAGCAGUACGAACAAGAGGGUGUCAGUUUCUUGGACCAGCAAUGCAGGAAGAGGUGUUAAAGUUAAUAUUAUUGGCACUUGAAGAUGGCUCAUUUUUAUCUCGUAAAGUCCUGGUGUUGUUUGUUGUUCAGCGAUUAGAAUCUAGAUACCCUCAGGCGUCAAAGACAGCCAUUGGUCAUGUAGUUCAGCUACUCUAUCGAGCAUCAUGUUUUAAGGUUUUGAAACGUGAAGAAGAAUCAUCUUUGAUGCAACUGAAAGAAGAGUUCCGUCAGUAUGAGUCACUUCGUAGAGAACAUGAUUCCCAGAUAGUACAGAUUGCCAUCGAGGCAGGUUUGAGAAUUUCACCAGAACAUUGGUCUUCAUUGUUGUAUGGAGAUACAGCUCACAAGUCUCACAUGCAAUCAAUUAUUGAUAAGCAUCAAAGUCCACAGUCCUUUGCACAAAGCAUAACAGAACUGAUGUCAACAUUACAGAGAAGUAGCGACCACAGUGGUCUACUUAAACUUCAGCCUCAGUUGGAAUUUCUUUCUAACAUUGAUCCUGGUGCAGACUGUCCUGCGCCCUCUUGGGAAAACUUGGAGGCAAUCAUGCGUUCACUCAAUACUGUGAUGACCUCAUAUGUAGAGUUUCUGUCAAAUCCUGAUCAUCGAUCUAGAUUGGAGGCUGCACCCAUACAAAAUACAAGAUAUAAAACUUCCAUGUGCAGAGACUUCUUUUCAGCUCGUGGAACUUGUCCCAGGGGAAAUACUUGCACAUUUGCACAUUCACAGGAAGAACUAGAAAGAUACAGAUCUAGAUCUAGAAGAAAUGGAAGCAGAGGUCCAGCUUGUACUACAGAUAAGACGUCCUCUUUUUUAACCCCUUCAGAAAGUGAUCAACUUCGGCAAGUACAGCUGAUGUCUAAACUCAAAAUGGAAGCCAACAGUCCUGGAAUCAAAUCUUUGAGCUUGCUGGGUAAAUCACAUUCUGUGGCAAGCUUGUUAGAUGGCAAACCUGCAUCUGUCUGUCUCCACGAAUCUUUGCCUUUGAUAAAUAAACUAGCUGCAGAGAAAUGCACUUUAAUGCCUCACCAGAAGAUGUCUUUACAAACCAAUGGAGUUCUGGGUCAUGGGGACGGUCGACUUAUUUCUAAACCACUUGAUCCAGAGAAGCCACCAUUUAUUCCACCUGGUUUAACUACUCCACAGAGGAUGUAUGGGCCACCAACCAUGGACUCACUUUCUGACUGUAAUGGUAUACCGCCACUGAUACCACAGACAUGCUAUCCAUCAGCUCACAUCAAUGGUGCUUAUCCCCACAGUCCUCAGCUGCAUUCAUCUCUUCCUCCCACCCCUUUCCCCGGUAGCCAUGUCAUGCCACCCCCAUUUCCACUCCCACCUAUGUCAGUCAGCUCCUCUGUGAGACACAUGCACCCCCAUGUUUCCCCACCUAUGGCAAAGGGAUCUGCGCCCCUUAGUUCUGCCCCAAUACCACUGAACACAAGGUCAUCAUUUGGUCAACCUCAAAGUGAUUGCUGUCAAGUAUCUCCCCCUGAUCUUACCAGAGGGAGUGCAGAGGCUGCUUACUGUACUGGUAGUGUAGCCCUUGAAAGUUGUGAUUCAUUGCUGCAGAACUUGCCACCCCAUCAGUUGGGAAGAUACAACUCUCAGGGAGGAAGUCUUGAACAUCUAAAUCUGCGCAAGCAAGAGAUUCUGUCCUACCUCCAGGAUUCUACUUUCACUGAUGCAUCAUCUACUGCAUAUGGUUCUGUUAACACAGUUGGUGUUUCUGCAUUCAGUGACUUGAAGAAUGUUCUUGGUGGCACCAUCAAAAAAAGAGUGACUAUGCCUACUCACGUCUCAGAUAUGUAUGUGGCAACUCGUACAACCAGGUCAUUGGAAGAUUUAAUGAAUGAUGACAUGAACUCAUAUCAAAUGAGAUGGUCUAAUGGAGAUGAUAAUUUUACUGUACCUAUAAGUGGCAUUGCUUCUGAAAUGCCCUAUGAUUCACUGGCUAGGGGUCCACCUCUAGAUAGUAGCACAACCAACAGCAUCUCUUUCACCAUGGCUGCAGUAUCUAACAUAGAGAGUCUGUUUGAGACAGCUGGCACUAGCAAGCUAUACAGUCCUGAGGAUCAAGAUGUACCAUCUACUGGUGUAGGAGAUGCUGAAUUCAGCAGUUUUCCAAGAGAUGAUGGGGAUGAAAACUUUAUUCCCUUUGAACACACGUCUGUCUCCAAGUUUGGACCUAUAUCUCGUUUGAAUAGAAUGAAAAUGGUGAACUCUGCUCCUGUUCAAGUCACUGCAGAUUCUUAUAAACAAGUCAACCCAGUCUUGAUGACCAAUCCUAUGGAUAGGCCAUUAGCUACUACGAUGACAGUGCCCAGUAGAUUUCCCACUCCAACUACAAAAGAAGGUUUAGAUCUGUCUAUGCGUCCAGCUUCAUCCUAUUGCAAUAAAAGCCAGCUGCUGACUAACUACAACAAUGUUAUGAAAAGUAGAGGUCAGAGCAGCCUGACAGAAACUGAACGAUUAGCUUUUGAAUUACAGGCGAUUGAGUUUGAGAUAUCUAAGAAAACUGGCAGAGAACCUGAGACAGUUGGCAAGAUAAUUCAAAAUGCUGUGGGAAGUAACCACAAUGCUGUGAUAGAACAAGAAAAGAUCAAGAAAGCUAAUGAUCAGAAAGCAGUACAACAAAUGGUGGAUAACUUCAGCAGAUCUUGGCCAGGUCUGAAGAAGGAAGUAUCCAGAGAGAAGUAAUGGUAGACAUCUCAUGUUUGCUUUGAAAUGUUCACUAGCUGAACCAUAAGUUAGUUUGUACAAUAGAUUUUUUUGUAUCAGGUCAUUUACAUGGAGUACCAAAACUGUGUUUUAUCUUCUUAUAAUAGAUGGACUUGUAAUCUAUUAUUAUGUAUGCACCAUCACAGCCAAUUCUUUGUUCAUUUAUAUAAUAUAAAUAAUGUGGUAUGAUUGAUCUUUGUGAAUCUCUUCAUAUUGAAGAUUAAUUUUGUUUCAUUUAGCAAUAACAUCUCUCUUUUGAGCACAUUUUUGUUUUACCAUUAGAUUCAGCUUGUAAUAUCAAGUCUUAUUAUUUGAUGUCUGGUAGGUGGUGCUUGUUAAACCACUCGCACAAACUAAUUCAUUUAGAGUUCAUUUUAAUAGUUUUAGUCUAUGAAUAGGAGAUGUUUACAUACAGUUCAUAUGGUGAUUGAUUGGUCUCAUACACACUUUUCCCCUGUAUAAUGAUUUAAUACUUAGAUUAGCUUAGAGCUUUCCUUGCUUAGUUUCACAGGCUUAGGCAUUCAGGGCACUGGAAUGUAAUAUAUCCAAUUACAAGUUGUGAUAUAUUGUAUGCAACACAACAGUGAUAGACACAGUAUGUGCCAGGUGUAUGGGAAGUCUCUUAUUGUGUCAGCUGUCUGCUCCAAUAGUUAUGCAAAAUGGCAAGCCAGUUCUGGUGGAUAGAUUCUGUUGUCACUAAUUUCAUUACACUGUCGGUUGGGUAUAGAGAUAAAGUAAGAAAGUCUGUAAAAGUAAAGGUCAAUGUUUCAUCCACUUCUAUUUGUCAUGUCAGACUUAGUCAUUAAAUAGAUAUAAUCUUGCCACAGACUUAGUGUCUGCUCGUUUGACUCUCUUGUUACUUGUGUAAAAAUACUUUGUUAUAAUCAUUGGAUUCACUGUGUAGUCAUACAUUGUUAAGAUCCUCGGCUUGUGUAGACUUAUGAUCUUAUGAUUAUGUUGUUUUGAAAUGAACAAAUUAUUUUUCUGUCGAAUAAUUUUGUUUCACCUUGUCAUAAUUGUAAGAAAAACCUAAAUUGAGAUUAUGCAAUUUCACUAAUCAGGGUUGUCCUAACCUAAACAGGGUUGGCUUGACCCUUUCAUCUAUUUUUUUGCUUCUUUGUCUCUAUGAUUUCAGUUUUGUUAACCUUCCCAUUGGAAGACAAUUAAAAGCUUUAAAUGAUUGCUUGGUUUAUUACAGCUAUUUUUUGUGCAUUUUUGUGAGUGCUUAACUCAUUUUUCAUUUUACUUAAAUUUGUUUUUAAUAUACUUGAAUUGGGUUUGCUUGUUGCCUGAACAAAAUUAGCACUACUAAACUAUCCUAUGUAUAGACUAUUGGGAAGCAAAGAAAAAUUAUUUUUGGAACUUAUUGCAGAAGUAUUACUAUAAAUAAAUGUUGUCAACUGGUGAAUGUAUCAAAGAUAUAGGUUGAGAUAGUUAGAGCACUAAUCAAUUCCUGAAACAUUAUCUACCAGCUUUUUAUGAAACUGCCAACUUUACUAAUGGUUUUGUGAACUAGAUCAGAGCUUUUGUUAACUGAAUUAGUUUGUGCAGAAAUGUGUUUUUAGGUGCUGCUGUUGUAAGCAUUUCUAAUCUAAUUAGCUUUAGCCCAUAUGAUGUCAUUGGAUAGAAGGGACAUGGCUGAUUUUGUUGAACUAUAUUUAUAUUGUAAUUGGUAACUUUGGAUAAGGAUUGUGGUAUCAGUUGUUUUCUUAAAUUAUGCAUCUCUUUUGAUUAUAUCAAUCUUCACUUAGAUCUUAGUACUUGUUGAUAUAGACUUGUCAUACAAUGUGAUAACUUUUUGUGUGUAUUGCUAUGAACUACAUAUAAAAAUAGAUCUUAACCUGAUCAUUACUGAGUUUAUGACAAAACUUAAUGCAAUUAUUUUUUUUUCCCUUAUGUGUCCUAGUUAAUUAGCGGCGGUAUUUGUCAGUGACAUGUCAAGCACGAAGUACCACAUAUAGUCCUGCUGCUAGUGCAAGGACACACUCCUCUUUGGGAUGAGAGAAAAAUAAAACUGAUUUUAUUGUAUCAAUACUUUGGUUGGUUUGAAUCUUGAUAUGAUCAGCAGAGUUUUAUCUGCAAAGUUUUGUUCUGUGUUUAAUUUGAUGAAUGAGUGAUUCUAUGAAUCAUUGAGUUUCCAGCCUGUCCAACAGUUGAUGUUGUUCAAUUGUACAAAUAAACAAAUGUUUGCAUUCAAAAUGGUGUAUAUAGAUUGCUUUGUGUUAAGUUAUGUUCAUCAAUUUAAUGUCAGACUAAUAUUAUAAUGAAACAUCUUUCUCUUAUCUAAUGUAUGCUUUGACCUUUUGGUUCUGUAAUCAAUGACAACAAUAGGUGUGACAUCAUGAUGUUUUGCUUUGUUCAUCCCUAUUGAUGUUUGCUCUCUAGCCUAUUGUGCAGUGUACAGAAUUUUUUUUUUUUUUGUGACAACUUGAAAACAAUAAAUACACUCUAAAACAAA